AAAUGGGGCACCACGUGCCUGUCGUUCGGCGAGGACCCGGAGCCGUUUGGCAGGGUGCGCGACAGGAACGUGCGCAAGAUGGCGGAGGAGCAUCAAGUGCGCGUUGUAUCACGCACCUGCCACACUCUUUACGACUUGAACAGGGUCAUGGCCAAAAUGGGCGGCAAGUCGCCGCUGACCUACAAGCAGUUCCAGAACGUGCUGCUGUCAAUGCCGCCACCGCCGCCGCCGGCUGCCGCCAUCACGCUGGAGAUGCUCGACGAUAGUUACACACCCGUCAGCGACGACCACGACGACAAGUACGGCGUGCCGACGCUGGACGAGCUCGGCUUCGACACGGACUCGGCGCAGCCGGCCGUGUGGCACGGCGGCGAGACGGAGGCUCUGGUGCGGCUCGAGCGGCACAUGGAGCGCAAGGCCUGGAUCGCCUCCUUCGGCCGGCCCAAGAUGACGCCACAGUCGCUCAAGGCGUCGCUGACGGGCGUGUCCCCCUACCUGCGCUUCGGCGCCCUCUCGCCGCGACUUUUCUACCGGGACCUAGCACACCUCUACCGCAAGAUCAAGAACAGCGACCCGCCGCUCUCCGUGCACGGGCAGCUGCUGUGGCGCGAGUUCUUCUACGUCGCCGCCACCAACAAUCCGAAUUUCGACAAGAUGGUCGGCAAUCCCAUCUGCGUACAGAUACCGUGGGACAGGAAGCCCAAGGCGCUGAGCAAGUGGGCGACCGGUCAGACGGGGUUUCCCUGGAUCGACGCCAUCAUGACCCAGCUGCGGCGGGAGGGUUGGAUCCACCACCUGGCGCGGCACGCGGUGGCCUGCUUCCUGACGCGCGGCGACCUCUGGAUCAGCUGGGAGGAGGGCAUGCAGGUGUUCGAAGAGCUGCUGCUGGAUGCUGAUUGGUCGGUGAACGCAGGCACGUGGAUGUGGCUCAGCUGUUCGUCGUUUUCCCAGCAGUUCUUCCAUUGCUACAGCCCGGUCCGUUUUGGCCGGAAGGUUGACCCUGAUGGUGACUAUAUCAGGAACUACAUACCGGUGCUAAACAGCAUGCCGUCUCGCUACAUCCACGAGCCGUGGCUGGCGCCUGAGAGUGUCCAGAAGGCGGCCCGAUGCGUGAUCGGUGAGAACUACCCGCUGCCGAUCGUCAGCCACGCCGAGGCCAGCCGUAUCAACGUGGAGCGCAUGCGCCAGGUGUACACCCACCUGCUGGGCUAUAAGGGCGGCCGGGUACAGCUCACCGGACCGCUGCUGCCGAUCCCUCUAGGAGAGGAGGGCGAGGAGCAGGCGCAGAAGCUGGCGCCAGCCGUGCGAGCGACUGGCGCGAGCUACAAGCAGGACCUGCUGCCGAGCGCACGCCAGACUGCUCGCCGGGUGCGCGCCGCCGAGCCGCGCGAGGCCUGAGCGGCGUCCGGCACACACUUUCCGCCGCGCAAUGGGCCGCGUCCAGCCGGGAGCCAGCUGGGCGGCCGGCUGGCCGGACAGACUCGGUGACUGCUUCUGGCCCUGUGAUGGUGCCUGGUCUCUGGGAGGACUGACGGUGGCCUGACGCUGCGUGACCAAGUCACAGUCCUGACUGGAACGGGAGAAUGCCAGUAGUGUAGUAAAGCCGCUGCUCGUCUGGGAAACCAGGUGUACGGUGUUCGGUUCCCUGCGGUGCCCGCCCUUCCUGCCAGGGUGAGAGGCAGGCGAUGCCAUAUAGCCUCAGUUGCUGAGUGCACCGGAAAGCCCCAAUCUCAAUGACAAUGACUCUGACUGGUGGGCGCGGGUCACGUCCGUUCGGGCAGGAAGCCAGUCGAGCUCAGCACGAUGUUGUGACGGACAUCUGGGUGGCUGGGCGGGUGGUUUCAUGUCCCGUCCAGCGGAGGAGCCGCUGAUUUGUGCUGCCUGUUGGGCGGAGGCCGUAUGUCCGCAGGCGAGAGGCGGGGGUGUGCCCGGCGCAGGGCGGAUGGCAUCUGACGGACCCUGCAGCGGUCGCAGGCGGCGCGACCGUGUGCGGCCAGCCCUGUUUGGCCCGUCUGCUCCGGACAACCGCCCGCCGCCGCCAUGGCCAGGGACGCGCGCUGAAGGGCGGCAGGUUGUCGGAGGGACGUCGAGUAUUACGCGCCGUGUUGAGUCGGCAGCAGACCGGCGCCCGUGCGCUGCACGGACGGCUGGCGUCCGCCGCGUUCGCCGCUCGCCGCGCCGGA